UCCACACAUCAAUGCCUAUUUUAAGAAGCAAAUUCUAUUUGUUCUGAUUGAUUAAUAAGAAGUAUUCCUUUGCAUUUUCUUGGAGUUCCACACAUCAAUGCCUAUUUUAAGAAUGGCCUGAGCUGACUUCUCUUAAUUUCAGAGUUGGUUAUCUGGAAGAAACCUGAGUAACCCAGCUUUGCGCAAAAUCUUCACCGUCAGGCUUGGAUAACAUGCAGUCUAGCAAAUAGCAACUCUAGCAAAUAACAAUAGAAAUACCAGUUGUAUCUCAUUCUGAUCUUAACAAGAAUAUGGACUCUGACUGUUUCCUUCACCAGCGUGCUCAUAAUUAUUCAAGAAUUAUGUGCAUAUACUCUACUAAUUAACAUUAAAAAAUUAAUAUAUUAAUAUAGUUCUCAAUCAUAAAAUUAAAUUAUUAUGAAGUGAAAUAAUAAUAAUAAUAAUAAUAAUAAAUUAACGUUAUAUUUAUAAUGUUAUUAAUAUAAGAUUCAACGAGAGUAAAAUUAUAUACCAAAAUCAGGCAAAAUAGAUCUGCUAGACUUCAAAAACACUCACACUAGAUAUCAAAAGAUGAAAGCUAAGACCCUUUAUCCGGGAAGAAGAGAAGAAAAACAAUGAAUGUAGGCUUGGCCUGUUCAGAACCUGGCUUGAGGUUUAGCCACAUGUACAAAAAUUUCCUAAUUUUAAAUUUCUAUGCUAGGAAGAGUAGAAUUAUUAUUUUUCCUAGCCUGUCUUUCAUUUGUGCCGUUCAGUUAAUUAGAUCCUAUUGUAGUUUAGUAUUAAAAUAAUAUCAGGUACGACCAAAAGAAAAGCUGUGCAGAGAAUACAAAACAAUGGCUGCAACUGACAACCAAUAUGUUUUAACUCUGUUUUAUUUCCAUUCUCCAUCAACAAUUUAUACAAGUUUCUGUUGCUAAUCGUUGCAUGUCAUUCUUAAGAGGAAUUGCUACGUUUGUUUAAUUGAAACGAACAUAAAAUUGUCAUCAUUUCACAUUAAAUAACUGUGGAACUCGCCUCUAUAUAAACGCAUAGCCCAAUUGAUCUUCUUCAUACCAAAACCAUCACGAAACAGUACAAGAGAAGAAAGAAGAAAAACAAAAAUGAAGAAGCAAAUUUGCUCCAACAUUUUUUUCCUUUGUUUUGUCUUUCUUGUUAUAACUAGCGUCGAGUCUCAAACCUGCAGGCCAAGCGGCAAGAUAAGAGGUACAAAGCCUCCACCAGGACAAUGCAAUCAAGAAAAUGAUUCCGACUGCUGUGUACAGGGAAAGAUGUACACUACUUACAAGUGUUCACCGCCGGUGACUGGUCACACAAAAGCAACACUAACUGUGAAUAGCUUUGCACCUGGUGGUGAUGGCGGUGCUCCUUCUGAAUGUGAUAAUCAGUAUCAUUCGGAUAAUGAGCUAGUGGUAGCACUUUCUACAGGAUGGUUCGACGACAAGAGUAGGUGCUUGAACCAUAUUAUGAUCCAUGGGAAUGGAAAGAGUGUCAAGGCCAAGGUAGUUGAUGAAUGUGAUUCUACCAUGGGAUGUGAUUCUGAUCAUGAUUAUCAGCCUCCUUGUCCUAACAAUAUUGUGGAUGCCUCUAAAGCAGUUUGGAAGGCAUUAGGUGUAUCCGACCCUGACAAUGUGGGAGAAAUGGAUAUAUACUGGUCUGAUGCCUGAGCUUCUUGUAUGGAUGUGUAAUUUUCUCAUGUACUUCACUGCCCAUCUGGUUGAUGUAUACUUUAUGUACUGUUAUUACCAUGUAAAAUAAUAUUAUACUUGUGUUCAGAAACUAUUUACAGAUUGAUACUCCCACUGGCCCUUCUUUUCCCCUCAAUCAAAUGAACUGCAGAUUAAGAGGCAACCUUUAUUUUCAAUUGUGAAAAUGAUAAAAAGUUGUAAU